CACAAAUCACACACACACACACAUUAUUAAUAUCAAAUGACGAUGCACAGCUCAUAACGCAAUAGCUCAUAUCAUGAAUCUUGCUCCCUUUUGCAUUUCACAUCUCACCUUGCCUGUCAUUCACGCCACCUUCUAGGAGCUUAUUUGGGACGAGAACGACUUUUGAGUAUAGUGGCAAAGUCACCGUACAAAUACUUUAAUGUCAUGGCAACAAAAGGACAAUCUGAGUGUGAGACCUUUGUUGCUGGUCGAGCAUCGGCAGCCUGAAAUACCUUUUGGAUCGCUACUGUUGACAACACAUUACCUUUGGCUACUCAACGGGUUUACGGCAAGGAGCUCGCAUUACCGACAGAGGCGUUAAACCUAGCAAAUUAGUUUCCACUUUGUGCGCUGCUUCGACUACUCAUCGGGAACCCUGGCGUCUGUACGAGUGUGUGUGUUCUCGCACACAACUCUAGUCCAAUCUCGUCGAGCAUCAUCGCUGGGUGGCGUUUGCAACAUUGACUGUCCCACUCCUCCAAAUCCCCAUGGGCGUCCAAGGGCGGUGGGUCAAAGCAGACGUGAAGGGAUCUACUCGCCCUUGCGCACGGCACGGGCACAAGUGUGCCGUCGUCCGCUAUCGAAACAGUGCAGAUGCUUCACAUGGAUCCAAGGCUUCAAACGGACGCUCUGAGAGUGGGAGGGAAAGAUUGAAUCGGGAGGACAUGAUAACCAAAGUAAUAUUACUGUGGGGAUCCGAUACGCAAAACCUUCUUGCCGACUGCUUUGCGUAUGAUGCAGAGGCUUCAUCUUGGAAUCGACUGCCCGACAAGAGCCGUAAGAGGAAGCCUACUCUAAAUCCGACAGAGAGUGACAUUGCCCCUGCAGCCAGUAUGGCCGUUACCAGUCAUGAUGAAUUUGUAUAUAUUUUUGGGGGGUUUGUGACGACCGACAAAGGAGAUGGAGUGACAAACGAUCUACUGCGAUAUGAUGCAAAGGAUCAGUCAUUCACUCGCUUGAAAGCAUCCGGUACCCCACCCAGUCCCCGCGUUGGAGCAACUCUAACUUAUUUACCAGCAACCGAUAGCACAGAUCCGCUGCUGCUACUUUUCGGUGGCUACACGUUCCCUAAUGAAUACUUGAACGACACGUAUGUAUAUAACCUUCGGACGAUGGAAUGGAGUAGGCCUCCUCUCAAAGGAAAACCGCCUUCUCCCCGGGAAGCACAUUCUACGGUAUACUGGGCGGAGCGGCACGGGCGAUGGAGAAGACUGGUGAUGUAUGGCGGGAUGAGGCCUGAUGAGCGAGCCGUUGAUCGGGCAUUGAGAUUGGAUGACGUUGUCUUUUUGGAUCUAGACCGAUGGGAGUGGAUACAUCCGCCAAUACAAGGGCCAAAGCCACCAGGUCGCUCCAAACACACUGCAUGUGUCUAUAACGGCAAAAUGAUUGUGUUUGGAGGACAGGAGGGCCUGCAAGCCGACAUACCGCUGCCAAGGCAUUCGGGUGAUGUAUACGCGUUCGACAUUGAGUCUGCAACAUGGGCAGGUCCUAUAGCUUUGAAUUCGACGCACAAACCAGCACCCCGAGCCGAUCAUGGGGCAGCGGUGGUUGGCGAACGACUCUAUAUCUACAUGGGCGAGCUGGGAUACUCUUUGAACGGCAGCAAAUGUUUCACCCUGGCAGACGACAUAUGGCAUCUUGAUCUAGGUCCACCAUUACCUCCAGAUUUUGUGACCGCAACACGGGUUCGAGGAUGUUUGAACGUUGAAUGGGCGCCUAAUCGCUCAUCGCCUAAUGAUCGUACCUACGAAGUUUUGAUCCGACGAGCGUCAGAUUCACCAGGCUGGUGGGCAUCUGUUUACAAGGGCCCUUUGAAGACAGCGACUGUCAGGGGAUUUAUCAUUGCGGAUAAAAGUGUUCACGCGUUGUCGGAUGAUGUGGGAUACAUUGUUCGGGUGGUGACCGUGGGAUGGGCGGGUAAGAGUUCGGAUUGGGAUGCAGAAGCGGCAGAAGGAGAUUACUCUCGGCCUGGUUUCUGUAUCGUUCGUCCCGUUGGGCUGGAACCCGCUCUGCCACCAAACAAUGUUCAAAUAGCACUAGUUCCCUGGACCCCUGUGGAAUCACCUGUAGACGAGAAUACUCUCUCUACCGAUGGUGUCUCCUCAUUUGUAGAAAAACCGCACAUUGUCCUCACAUGGGAAUCACCUCGAGGAAGCAGCAUUGACCCAAUAGGCACGACGUAUCGUGUGGAAAUCCGAUACCGCAUAUCAUCAGCACAAGAGGAUAUUGAGGAGGAAAGGGUCAUCAAGAAGCGGAGAAGGAGCUCGGUUGUAAGAACGGAUGCUAUUGUCCGGAGCGACAAGAAUGGCAUCGACUGUAUUGCAGCUGGUGGGGAGGCGGCGAGUGACUGGCAUGGGGAGUGGCAGGCAAUAUGGGAGGGACGGGAAAGUCAGUGGACAGGUUUACCUCAAGAUCUGCAUGAAAAACUGAUCAAAUCCAAUUGUGACCAACGACAAAACGGGCACACAUCUGGCUUGAAGCGCAGACGAUGGGCAGAUCAUCAGGACAAGCGUUCAGUCAUUGGAUACACGUUCCGCGUGAUUACGGUGAGAGGCGACGAUGUAUCGCAGCCUUCAAACGCGACCCGAGAAUUGGUAUUUAAUGUCGCCCAAAAGGAGAUUGAUGGUGGUCGAGAUGCGUCUCCUGUUCCUCAACAGGACACUGAAGCUCCCGAUGACAUGGAUGUUGAUAUGGAAUUGGAUUCUAUGGAGGGGACGGCAUCCCCAGUGCCGGCCAAAUCAUUGGCAACGACUUUUACAAAUGGCCCGGCGUCAAACAAGGCUGUGAAUAUGCGAGGCCAAGAUGAGAAUCAUGAUGAUGAUGACGACGAAGAAGAAGAAGAAGAAGAGGAAUUGAUGGGUGGUAUCGUUGUUCCUCAAGCUCAUCCAACACAUACGGAAGCCAUACCGGCCAACUGGACGAUGGUACCCACCAGAGUGGAAAUGUCUCCAAAAGGAGUAUUAAAUCCUGGAUCUCCUCAAGUGCAGGACACUGCUCAUACUUCCCAAAAUCAACCCAAUUCAUAUCCUCAAUCCACGUCCCUAUCCCACGAAUCACAGCAAGAAAUUGACGUUGAAGGCUCUGGCUCACCCGUCGAAGCGACCGCAACCACAACCUCAUUAACAACAACAACAACAACAAUAACUCAAUUCAUUCUCGAUCCGGAAACGAACCGCCCUGUCCUCGGCGAUCCGAGCAACGGCUUUUUCUUUAAUCUCCAUUUUGGCGACUCUAUUGAAGUGUUUAGCGAGCAAGAGGGUAUACCCCUCUGGUACAAGGCCCGCGCACUCUACUAUUCCCCACUGGGCGAGACAGAUUGGCGAAUCAAAGUCCAUUACUCAAAGUACCCCAAGAAAUUUGAUGAAUUCUUUGCAUUGACCGAACAAGGGCGCACACGCGUCCGAGGUGCGACGGGGGACCCAAAAGUUGCAGAAGGAGAUUACCCAGAAGACGAGAAAAUGUUUGAUGUGCAUUCGGAUGCAAAGAAGAUGCAUGUUAUUACUGGCAAGGAGAGGGAGACUGCGAGGCGGGGACAAGUCAUUGUUCGGGUGCAUGCUGCUGGGCGAAAGAGUUUGGGAUAAUCAAAUGCUGCAUUUUUUUUUAAACAAUGUGUUUUGGAUGUGCGGUAUCUUUUACUGAUAGUAUAAGAAAUCUACUGUGCUUGUUAUCAUCGCAUACUUA